AUGUCCGGGCACCUUCGGGCGCCUAAGCUAUUUAGUGGGUACUCGGCCCUUCCACCCCCGUCCCCUUCCCCCCUUCCCCCCGAAAUUUUCUCUUUUCUUCACCCUAACCACUCUCUCGGCUUCAAAACAAUGGCUUCCAACCAAGAUGAUACGACCGUUCAGGUCAACAAAGAAGAGCUCAGACGGGCUGGCGACUUGAUCGUCAUGCGCCUGAUGGAGGUGCAGUCUUACAUCGCUGACUUGGGCAAGGCUUACGUCCAGCACGUGAGCAACAUCACCGAAGGACGUGAUGCCACCAUUGAGCUCCCCCUCGGUCCUUCUGGAUUCAUGGGCCAGGAUAUUCCCUUCCGCGCUGGCAGCCCCGGCGCCAAGUCUGAGGCUGGUGGCCAAAAGAAGCGCAAGCGCGCGCCCGUCGACCCCAAUGCGCCCAAGCGUGCCUUGACCCCCUACUUCCUGUAUAUGCAGCACAACCGCAGCAAGAUCGCCGAGGACCUUGGUAACGAUGCGCGCCCCAAGGAUGUCGCCGACGAGGGCACUCGCCGCUGGCAGAGCAUGGAAGAUACCCAGAAGGAGGUCUGGAAGAAGAUGUAUGCCGCCAACUAUGAUCAGUACAAGCGUGACAUGGCAGCCUACAAGGCCGGCGGCAAGGCUGACGAGGAGCACGAUCCUGCCGCCAGCCAACUGCAGCAGGACUUUGCCGGUGCCGACGUCGAGCCCGAGGUUGAGGGCGAAGCUGAGGUUGAGGCUGAGGCUGAGCCAGAGUCCGGCGACGAGUCCACCGACUCAUCCGAGGAGUCGCAAUCCCCCUCUCCCGAAAAGGAAAAGACCCCCCCGCGCAGUACCACCAAGCGCCGCCGUAGCGAUCCCAAGGCCAAGGAGGCUGAGACCCCUGCCAAGUCGCCUGUCAAGCGGAGCAGCCGCAAGGCUGCUGAGCCGGUAGUUUCUACACCGGCUGUCAAGACGCCUGCUGACAACAAGCGCAAGAGCAAGAAGCGCAAGAGCGAGCUUGACAAGCUCACCAUUGCCCAUCUAGGCUUCUUGGCACAGCGUCGUCUAGCACGUGGAGUGCGGCUCAACCAUGCAGAAGCUGUGGCCCUGAUAGCCUCCGUGCUACACGAGUUAAUCCGCGAUGGCCACUACUCUGUUGCCGAUCUGAUGUCUAUCGGCAAAACAAUGCUCGGCCGCCGCCAUGUCCUCCCCCUCCGUACUCGCAACCCUUGUCGAGCUCCAAUAACCGUGCACCACCCGAUCAGUAGCGACGAGGGCGAUCUCGAGCGCGCCCUAUAUGGAAGUUUCUUGCCCGUCCCCGCGCGUGAAGCAUUCCCAGACCCGGACCCAGAGGAUUUCACACCCGAGAAGAUGCCCGGUGCGGUGAUUCCUGUUAGGCAAGUGCGCGUGGAGCUGAGUCCUGGGAAAAGGCGUAUCAAGCUCAAGGUUAUGAGUAAAGGAGAUCGGCCGAUUCAGGUCGGAUCGCAUUACCAUUUCAUCGAGACGAACCCCCAGCUGCACUUCGAUCGCUUGCAGUCGUACGGUUUCCGAUUGGAUAUUCCUGCGGGCACAUCGAUCAGAUUCGAGCCUGGCGAUACGAAGACGGUCACGCUUGUCGAGAUCGGUGGAAAUCGCGUCAUCCGUGGUGGAAAUUGGCUGGCGAAUGGGCCGGUCGAUAUGAGCCGGGCCGAUGAGAUCAUGACCAAGCUGCAGACGGCUGGAUUUGCGCAUGUACCGGAGCCACAGGCAGAUAGUGCGCUUGUUGCAGGGUUCUCGAUGGAGCGCGAGGCAUACUCACGCAUGUUCGGUCCUACAACAGGAGACCUGGUGCGGCUUGGGUUGACGGAUUUGUGGAUUAAGGUUGAGAAGGACAUGACGAGCUACGGAGAUGAAUGCUCUUUCGGUGGAGGCAAGACGCUGCGCGAGGGAAUGGGACAGGCGUCUGGUCUGUCUCAGAGCGAGUGUCUCGACACUGUUAUCACGAAUGCGCUGAUUAUCGACUGGACUGGUAUCUACAAGGCUGAUAUUGGUAUCAAGGAUGGGCUUAUUGCUGGUAUUGGCAAGGCUGGAAACCCAGAUGUCAUGGACGGCGUGCAUCCUGAUCUGGUGGUGGGCUCGUGUACAGAUGUCAUUGCUGGAGAGAACAAGAUUAUCACCGCUGGUGGUAUUGACACGCACAUCCACUUGAUCUGCCCGCAGCAGGCGGAGGAAGCUCUGGCCUCGGGAAUUACGACUUUCCUCGGCGGUGGUACCGGCCCCACGACUGGGUCAAACGCGACGACAUGUACACCGUCGCCGAACCUCCUGCGCCAGAUGAUGCAGGCAUGCGACAGUCUACCCAUCAACCUAGGCAUCACCGGUAAGGGCAACGAUUCCGGAAAGAAGAGUCUCAGAGAGCAGGUCCUAGCAGGCGCAGCAGGCCUCAAGCUUCACGAAGACUGGGGCUCCACCCCAGCAGCAAUCGACAACUGCCUCGAAAUCUGCGACGAAUACGACGUGCAGUGCAUGAUCCACACGGACACCCUGAACGAAUCUGGCUUCGUCGAGCAGACCAUCGAAUCCUUCAAAGGCCGCACAAUCCACACCUACCAUACCGAAGGCGCAGGCGGCGGUCACGCCCCAGACAUCAUCUCCGUGGUCGAACACCCUAACGUCCUCCCCAGUAGUACAAACCCAACACGCCCCUUCACCCUCAACACCCUCGACGAGCACCUCGACAUGCUAAUGGUCUGCCACCACCUAUCAAAGAACAUCCCUGAGGACGUCGCCUUCGCGGAAAGCCGUAUCCGUGCUGAAACCAUUGCCGCCGAGGAUGUUCUCCACGAUCUCGGCGCUAUCAGCAUGAUGUCCUCCGACUCUCAAGCAAUGGGCCGCUGUGGCGAAGUAGUCCUCCGCACUUGGCACACAGCCCACAAGAACAAGACCCAGCGCGGACCUCUCGGCAGCGACGCCAACACUGGCGCCGACAAUUUCCGCGUGAAGCGAUACAUCAGCAAGUACACUAUCAACCCAGCUCUCGCACAGGGAAUGGCGCACCUGAUCGGAUCUGUGGAGGUCGGCAAGGUCGCCGACCUGGUCAUGUGGAAAGCGGCAUCGUUCGGCACUAAACCUGUGUCUGUUUUGAAGAGCGGAAUGAUUGUUACUGCAGAGGUUGGGGAUCCGAAUGCGUCGAUUCCGACUGUCGAGCCGAUGAUGAUGCGGCCGAUGUUUGCUGUCCGCGUCCCGGCCACAUCUAUAAUGUUUGUUUCGCAGGCCUCGAUUGAUGCAGGCAUUGUGCAGACGUAUGGAUUAAAGAAGCGCAUCGAGGCCGUGAAGAAUUGCCGCUCUGUUGGGAAGAAGGAUAUGAAAUUUAAUGAUACUAUGCCGAAGAUGAAGGUUGAUCCGGAGAGUUAUACUGUUGAGGCGGAUGGGAUGCUUUGUGACGCAGAGCCGGCUUCUGAGCUGCCUUUGACGCAGGCGUAUUAUAUCUUCUGA